CGUCAUACAGCGUUGCCUGGCCGCGCUUCCUGACUUCAAUGAAUGGAGCUUGUUUUGUUUGAAAUGUAAACCGUCCGAUUUGUGUUUUACGAUAAAACUAUUAGAACUAGAACGGUUUUGUCUAGAAAUGAGUCGGGAUACAAUUUGAAGUGCGACUUUAUUCACCUCUCGUUGACGAAGACAUGGCAGCCUCACUCCCACAGAAGGCUGCAAUGGCAGGCAUGGCCCCCCAGCAACAAGCCCACCUCAACCCCGGCGCGGGUCCGGUCCCGGGUCAGCAGGGAAUGCCUCCUCAAGGAGCCCUGAGAGAGAUCUCCCCCGUGUUCCUGUGUCGAAUCGGACAGGAGACGGUCCAGGACAUCGUCACCAGAACGAUGGAGAUUUUCCAGAUCACAAGAGCCACACAACUGCCCAACGGUGUGACCCAGAGUCAGGCCAUGUACCAGGAUCGCUUCGGAAAGCUGCAGGAACACUUAAGACAGCUGGCUCUGCUCUUCCGAAAACUGAGACUUCUGUACGAGCGCUGUGUGGAGAUGACAUCUGACCUGCAGGAGGCACCGCCAGAGCUGGUACCAUAUAUGGGAGAGGAACUUACCGUCGCCCAAGUGGAGCCGUGCAGUCCUGCGGUCCACCAGGAGAGAAAUGAAGUUCUCGAGAAAGUGCGCCUGAAAAACCAAGAGAUGAAGGUUCUUAUGGAUCAAAUGCGGAACCUUUUGUGGGACGUAAACGCCAUGUUGACACUGAGAAAAUGACGGCCCUCCACCCCGAGGUGUUUCCUCCCACUCACAGCGAUUCUUCCAGACGGCCAUAAACUGUUCAAAAGCAAUCCGCCUGACUUGUUUUCAGGACGAACAUAAAUGAUUUUUUUUUUAAUGAAACUGGCAUAUGUUUGUGUGAACACCAGGCAGCUUCAAACUCAUUUAAAUGUUUUAAUUACAA